AUGUAUCGAGGCAAUUCAAGAGGCGGUUCUUCGCGAGGCGGUGCCCGGGGAGGUCGUGGGGGCGGCAGGGGCGGAUUCCAACAGAGGGACAUGGGGCCUCCAGAUACCGUCCUAGAAAUGGGGACCUUUGUGCAUGCCGUUGAAGAUGAAAUGCUCUGUUCUUCUCUUUUGCCCGACAAAGUGCCAUACUUCAAUGCUCCAAUUUACCUGCAAAAUAAAUCAGUCAUCGGAAAAGUUGACGAAAUUCUUGGCCCAAUAAACGAAGUCUACUUUUCCAUCAAAAUGGGCGAGGGCAUGGUUGCCAGCAGUUUUCAAAAGGGAGACAAGGUGUAUAUUGGCGGCGACAAACUUUUGCCUAUAGAGCGCUUUCUGCCCAAACCAAAAGUCGCAGGAGGUGCGCUGUCUUGUAUCAUCUAUUCUAAGGCUACUCAACAGGAAAAUGGGCUAAGUUGUCCAGUGGCUAAUAUCUCGCUAGAACGCGGUCGUGGUGGCCGAGGUGCAGGUGCCCCUCGAGGACGUGGAGCAGGCGGUGGUCGUGGUGGAUUCCAAUCACGAGGAGGCAGCCGUGGUCGGGGUGGCACGAGAGGUAGCUUUGGGGGAGGCGGUCGCGGUGGUCCACGGGGCGCCAGUCGGGGCGGCGCCGGCGCCGGUGGAUGGGGCGCCCGUGGCAGUGGUGGCGGUGGACGUGGAUUCCGUGGAUCAUAG